UUUAAAUAUUAAAAUGUUUUAAUUUAUUUUUAAAAAAAAUUUAAAUAUAUCAAAAUAUUAUACAUGAAUAUUUCAAAUUCAACGAUUCCAUAUUAUGAAACUGUUGAAACGAAUAUUGAUCCAAUAUGGUUAUGUACAUUAAUUCUACUUGGUUCUGUUUCAUUAUUAGGUACAAUUGGAAAUUUACUUGUAUUAGGUGUUUAUAUACAACAACAUUUUUGGCCACAUUUACAUUUAAAAUAUAGACAAAUUUAUUAUAAUCAAAAAUUAAGUAUGUUAAAUACAAAUGAAUUAUAUACAACAACAACAUCAUCAUCAUCGUAUCUUCAUGAUAUGAAUAAUGAUAAUUCUAAUCAUAUAAUACAGAUUCAUGAAUCAAAUGAACAAUUAUUUACUAAAACAACUGGUACACCAACAUUUUUUAUACUUGUAUUAGCAUGUGUUGAUUUAAUGGUAUGUUGUUUUGUUGUACCAUUAACAUUCUAUAUGGAAUAUAUACAUUUACAACCAUCAACAGAUAUAUGGUGUAAAACACAUGCAUUUUUAAAUAUAUGUAAUAUUAUGUUUAGUUCAUUAUUAAUUAUAGCAAUUGCAUUAGAAAGAUAUCUUACUAUAUGUCAUCCAUUACGUCGUAUAUUAACAAUGAAACGUGCUAAAUAUUUAACAUUAGGUUUAGCUAUAUUUUGUAUUCUAUAUGGUAUACUUGGUGCAUUACAUCAUAGUUUAGGUAUAACAAAUGAUGAACCAAAUAUAAAACAAUGUUGUGAUACACCAGAAAUACCAAAUGCUACUUAUAUAGAAAAAUUAACAUAUGAUAUAUUACAAAAAGGUAAUACAGCCAGUUUUAUAUUAUCAAUUCUAUCCGUUAUUAUAUUAUAUUCAUUAAUUUUACGAGUUGUUAUUAAAACACAUCGUGCUCAACGUUAUACACCAGUGAUUAAUCAUAAUACUAUACCAUAUAAUACUAUCAUAAUACAUAAUACAAAAAUGUUAAAUAGAAAUCAAAAAAGUGCCAUUUCAUCAAAUGAUUUAAACAAUACUACUACUACUACUAAUGACAUUGAACAUUUAACCAAUGAUCCUCAUCAACAUCAACAUCAUCGUAAAAGUUUAACAAAUAGAAUCAAAAUGAAUUUAUCCAUAAAAAAUAUAACAGAAAGUACAUUAUGGAGAGAGAUACGUUCAGCUAGUGUAUUAUUUGUUGUAGCUGUUGUUUAUAUUAUUGUAUUUACACCAGCAUUAUUAACAGCUAAUAAAUUAGUACAAUUUAAUUUACUUGCAUAUAAUACAUAUUACUUAAAUAAUAUGUCAAAUCCAUUAAUUUAUUGUUUUAUGAGUAAUGCAUUUAGAAAAAAAUUAAAAAUUCUAUUAUUUAAUAGUAUUAUAUCAUAUAAAUGUUGUUAUAUUAAACAUAAUAAUAAUAAUAAUAAAUUAUUCAUCAUUCAUAUCAUCUUCAACAUCCUCAACGACAACAACAUCCUCGACAACAACGUCGUAAGCAACAUUUAAGAGCAAGAGAAUUAA